AUUAAGUUAAAAGUCGCUUAAGCGUCAAAAGAUACCUCCAGAACAGGUAAAUGAAUGAAUGAAUGACAUGUAGUUGGUCCAAAGCAUGAAUUGAAUCGGUCAUGAUGCCUUUUCAGACAAGGAUCCUUCUACCAUUGAAUGCAAUCGACUCGUCGCACCGAAUUGCCCGACGACACAUAGAAGAACUCCUCCACGUCGCCACUUGACUGACAACCUCUUUUCAACACUGUGAUCCCUCCCGCACAACUAGUCUCUUUCGUCACCUAACUCACCACGCAGGAAAUGUUUAGAUUCAUUAGUUGUUACAACGAGCAUUAGACUUCUGGUAGUGGUCGUCUUUAACAUACAAUGAAAUUGUUGAACAAGACUUACGAAGUUCGUCGUGAUGUGAGCCUAUCAUAUUGACAUCAUUUGUUCGUAUGUACGAAGCAUAGAAAGAAUUCUUAUUCCUAUGAAAGUAAUUUACCCUCCAUGGUACUUUGUAUAAUUUGUAAAGAAUUAUGUUAAUAACUGUCCAAGGGCCUCGCUGAGGCUGGGACGGGGUACAUGAAUGUUUGAGGACGACCUUAUUGAUGAACAACAAGCGGUGCUUCGCAGUUCAAUGUCUACUCUUCGAAGCUGAUGAACAUGAAAACUUAGUACCCAACGUAGAGGAGCUGGAGCUUGGUUGCCUGAUGGUUACUUCGUCCUUACAGAUAGGGGGAUUCUCAUCCUUAUUCAAUGAAUAGGGAGGACCAGCACCAGCAGUGUUUUUAUGACUCAGAGCAUUGUAGCGAAAAUCAACGAACUACAACAUAGACCUAGUUAGAGAUUUCAUCUGUCUUCACAUACAUAAGAGUCAUACAACCUACAUAGUGCCAACUUCAUAUAUUCAUCAAUAUAUGAACCACUGACUUACGCUGAGGUAGAAUAUGGUCUUUUUUUCAUUUGUGGAUGCGAAUCUAUCGUUUUUUUUCGCUUCGCAGUUCGAUGAAGAAGACAAGCCCUGGUUGACGUGAUUUCUCAGUCUCGUGAGGAGGAGUUAGCUGAACAGAGCGGGGUCGCGUGGAGGCAUACAUGAACCACGACAUGGACCUAGUCUUCUGCACGACAUGAAACAAGAUUACUUCAUGAUCUAGUAAUUGUUGGAUUUUUAUUAUGACAGCAUGCUUCUAUUUUCACUAGUUUAGUAGACAAGACGAGAAGCAACAACGAUCUUCAAAUAACUGUCCUGAAGUAGAAGAAAAAAUAUUUUUCCCGUCGUUCUUACCCUGCGCCACGAAGAAGAAGAAGUUUCGAAAGACGCAAGAAGUAGUCCACCCUCACCAUUAGAUCAGCAAGAAGGCGGGUAAUAACCUCCAAGAGCAAGAAGAAUAUUAAAGAGUUCUAUCUGCUGACGUCGUAAUACAGUUGCCACAACAGCGUUUGCGUUACCCCCUCAGCAUGACGAGCAAGCAAAUAACAGUUUUUUUCUGAUUUUACUAUCGCGUGGAAGUCGAUCUGGUGGAAGAAAAAAGGACAUCUUCAACAAGGCGAAGCCUCAUGGAGGUCGUCUUUGGAAUAAGAGUAUCUUCAAAGAACUAGAAGAGGCAACGAUAACAUCUUCUGAUUACUAGCGACGACGACGACGGGAAAAGCGGUAGAACAAGACUAGAGUACGACUUCGGGGGUAGCAAGUUCUUUUACCUAGUAGAACCACGACACAAAGCUAUCGAGACAAGCAGUCGCUAUAACGAAUUGCGACAAUGGCGACCAGAGGAUACCGAGAACGUGACGACCGUCGCGACGACCGUGGACGGGGUCACGGUGGCCUGGCUGCUAGGAGUGGAGCAGCGGCCAUUGCAGAUCUCUUCGGCAACAAGCGAGAUAUUGGCGAAUGCCCUUUUUACUCAAAAAUCGGAACUUGUCGCCACGGAACUCUGUGCUCGCGGAAACACGUAAAGUGCACAGAGUCACGGACAGUGCUGUUGGCCCACGUGUACUUGAUUCAGCAUUUUUCGAGAUUCGUUGUUUCUACUUGAUCCUUAUUUUAUAUUGGUUUAGAUGAACUCCGUGUUGUACUAGUAGAGGGCACCGGUGUAAUUUAGGUAUCACCCACUCUGUACGUACUACAUCUACAUCGUCUAUCUCGAAUCUCGUCCUCAUUGGCGAAUAGUAUUUUUUUGAAUUUGAUGAUGCGGCUUCUGAUUUACUUCACAAUGAACGAAAAAACCCUUAGCUUUGCGGACACAUGGGAGACUUUGGCAAUCUCAACAGACGAUGGUCCGGAGGUGCCAGACGAAGUAUACUGCACUGCGGUAAACCAGAUAGAAGAUUUUUACGAAGAAGUAUUCUUUCAAAUGGCGAAAUACGGCGAAAUUGAAGACCUUCUUCUCGUCGACAAUAUCUCGGAGCAUGUACUACAACGAACUCUACUCGUGGUUGUAAGAUUGGUUCCUCUUGAUCAAACAAAUUACAAGAUUUUGAAUGCCAAUUUUUAGACUUAGGCAUGGUUUUCAACUUCUGGAGAUUUUCGUUUCGCAAGGAGUGUCAUCAUCCAAUACCUGGGUUUUGACGGAGGUCUUUUUAUCUUCAAUCACAAUCAAUAACAGUCAAUAAGGAUUGUCGUCGUUAGAUUUGUUACAACUUACAUUGCCCCUUCCUCCUCAGAUGUCCGGAAACGUGUAUGUCAAGUUUUUUACGAAAGAAGCCGCGGCAAAAGCACUGGAAUCCGUUCAAGGGAAGUUCUACAGUGGUCGCGUCAUUAAAGCCGAACUUAGUCCCUGUGUUGAAUUCCGGGACGCGAGAUGUCGGGCAUACACAGAAGGAAAUUGCCCAAGAGGACAGUACUAAGUUUGUUUUUUUUGUUGUUCUUGCUUGCAGAAGCUUUUCUGAAAUCUGGAACAACCGAUGCAGCAUGAUAGACUUUGUAUUUCAUUAUAUAGGUCCAACAUGUUGAUUGAUUAUUUUGCUUUCUGAAAACAGGAAUUGCAAUUUCUUGCACAUCCGGCAUGUGCCUCGUGCACUCAAGCGUCAGUGCGUCUUGCAGAUGUAUGCGGACCAUCCUGAGUACAAAGCGGCCAGAGAAGCAGCUGGAAAGCCUCUGGUCUACAAAAGCCUCCAGAAAAUUGAGUACCUCCAUUGAAUUUUUUGGAAUUACAGAACUGAGCACACAUGGUACCACGAGUAGGGUUAAGAUUUCUUCGUAAUUAAGUUACAAUGUCAGUUGUGCAAGUUAGAGAUACAUAUUCUUUGUCUAAGGCAAGACAAGCCCACUGUCCCUUUAUCAUUUCCCUUUUCAGCUGGGAUAACGACACAGAGGCACGCGAGGCAUUCCAGGCCAGGUGGUGGGAAGCAUACAAUCAGAGACGGGAAAAGGAGCGAGCAGAGGCAACGCCCGCCAACAGGCCAGACCAUAGAGAGCCCAGCACAAGACGCGCAUCAGAAGUCAAUGAUGGUACUUCUACUUUUUGCUUGCAUUCAAAAUAAAUGUUAUAAAAUCAAAUGAAAUGCGAGAAAUGUAGAUCCAGAAGCAAGCUGUGUUUACAGUUCGGAAUUGCAAUAACUUCUGCUAGGUGCAUUUUUUGGCAAGCAGAAGUCGCCUUUUUCGCCUGACAAGGAGAACGAGGCGGGUGACGGAGAAAAGAAGAAGAAAAAGAAGAAGCGAAAGCAUGACAGUACAGGCGGAGGCGAUAAUCCUAAUAGUGGCGAGGUCGACAGUAGCGGGCCGGCCGCAAAGCGACUAGCACUAGGCGAGUUCAUCUCGGGUCCGUUCGACAAGGUCCAAACGAGCCCCUUUGACGUGAAGAAGAAGGCUGGAAUAGACCCAGAGGAGCAGGGCGACACCGCAUUUGGCGCCCUUAUCGGGCCCCCACCAGGCUUGCCAUUGCCGGAAGUCGGAGCUGAUAGUGGCAUGGGCGGCUUCGGGGACACGCCCACGAGCAUGGGAGAGUCCACGCGCACAGCGAAUCCUAGUAGUCGGAAAAAUAGUGCUAACAUCUACGACAGCUUUGCGGUACACUCCACGCCAGUAGCGAGCAGUAGUUCUCUAGGUCUAGGGGAAGGAGGUGCAGUGUCAGGAGUAGACGUUGCAGCGCAGCUGCAGCAGAGCGAAGGACCCCGACGCGUCAGUGCCGAUAGCUUCUCCGGGGGUUUCCCGAGUCCGCGGAGUGCGCAAGCGGGAGGAGCAACAGCGUCUUGCGCACCAGCUACACAUUCAGCAAAUAGUGGAGGGCCUGUCCUAGUUCCAGUGGGCGGACUGCCACCAGGUCAUCCAGGUGCAUUAGGCGCACUAGUUUUUCCAGGAGGAACGCCAGGCGGCGUGGGACUGCCACUUGGGAAAGGUGGUGCCCACAUGCCACUGAUGAAAGGCCCUCUUCCGUUUCUCGCUGUUCCUCCAGGCGGAAAAGUUGGCCCCUUUCCAAAGUCUGGCCCGCUGAUAAUGAAAGGACCUCCUGGCGCCAUGAUAUUCUCGAACCUCCCACCCCCACCAUCAUCGUCUUAAUCAGACGAAGAUUAGUGCCCUGAAUGUUCUUUCCAACCUCUCAUGAUAUGAAAUAUUUUCAACUUGAAUUUAAAGUCCAUGUUUGUUUUGUCGUGGACGUCAUACAACUUACUUAUCCAAUGCGAUGACUUUGUACGUUUUUUCGUGUUUGUUCGUAAUUAUGUAAAAUAUUUUUUGUGACAUAUUCUGCUCUUACUUUCUUGCUCCAGACCUGUUUUAUCAUCAUACCACCUUGUAAAGCGAAGCGUAAAUUUUGCAAACAUAAUGAACAGAUAUGUUCUGUUCUUAUUCUUGACCGCCAUACAUAUGAGUAGCAGCUAAAAGGUACUAUUACAGGAGUUGGCACUUCCUCGGUUCAAAAGCAUUAUUACAGGAGUGUUUAUCAAAUCAUGUUCAUGUUCUUAUACUUGCUUACAUGAUCACUAAUACAGCGGAUGGACAAAUAGAACAUCUUCAAGACCACAGCAUCGACAUACUAGUAGACCACCUCUAGAAUUUAUCCAAUUUCGUCAACUCAGUUUUGGACCAUGUAGUUAUCCACGGGCAUGAAAGUGCUCGAGCACAUCCAUCACCGAUGAGAACGUCAUGUUUUUUCUAGCCCAUCACUAGCAUCGUUCCCCGACAAUGUUAGCCUCUUCGCCCACCUUAGCCGACCUACUCUUUUGACCACCAUUCAUUAGAUUUGUCGCGACAGCACAAUCACAUGAUUCCCUAUCACGUGAUUCACGUAUUUAAAGUUGUGUCCGCCUUCGCAGCAUACUAAACCCUUUCUGUAGGCGAGACGUCAAGAUUGAUGGAGCCGUGGCAAAUCAUAAUAUGAGACAGAGCAGUGGCUCUACGAGAAGCGCGCGUAGCAUAAGGCUCGAAAUAGCAAAAGACGAAAUACCAAAGAACAACAAGAAUAACAACGUAGCAAGCAAAAAUGAAUACAUUUCGUUGGCUGCGACAGUAGGCAUGGC